AUUGCACUGGAUGAACACGAAAACAAUCCUGUCGUGACAAUACGCACGAAACAGUUAGCUGAGCAUCUGAAGCUGAACGUAUCUGAUAAAGUGUUCGCUCAGCAUGAGGCUGUUUCGUUAUCAUUGCGAGCGAUCUGUAAUGGAGAUACACCUGAACUUAUUACUAAUUAUCAACUGUCACCAUUUUUGGUUGAAGACGAUGAAACGUUAACUUCCAAUAUCGGCAUUCACUUCAACGCGAGUCAAGUCGAUAUUCAGAAACUGGCCGAAACAUUGCGAAACGAUACAAAACUUGACGAUAUCUUACACGCAUUCGAUGAGAUUAAUUUCUCGCAAUACCAACCACUAGCUUCAUCCUAUAUUCUACCAAUCCUCAAACAGGGCCAAUAUGAUCGAAGGACACCACCAACACUUUUCACGGGACAAAUUGUUGACGUUAGAGUUGGAAUCGAUGUGCAAUCAAUAUCGAAUUUCGAGUUAACAACAAUGGAUUACGAUAUGGACGUUUGGCUGAGAAUGGCAUGGCGAGAUCCACGAUUAGCGCACGGUUUUGACCGACCGAUUAUGAUCAAUGAAGAAACUUUUUUGAAAAAACUCUGGCGUCCUGAUCCGUUCUUCGCGAAUGCUAAAAAAGCAUCAUUCCAUCGUGUCACAUAUCUCAAUUUCUACAUGCUCAUCUUUCCGCAAGGUGAAAUAUUCUUCGAAACGCGCAGAUUAGUUCUGAAACAUAAAGUCCAACUGGAGACAUGGAAACCAAAUGGAAAACAUUUUCAGGUUGUAUCUGAAGCCAAGUUGUCAACUUGUUCUUUGCAAAUAUCCUCAUGA